AUUAGGCAAAGUAGUUUGGGUGAAACGAGCCUUUCUUCACAUUAACUUUCAAACUCAACUUUUAUGAAAAGGUCUCAAAUUAGGUAUGAAUAGGUGCAUAGAAUCACCACUCCUUUUUUGAAAACCCCAAAAAGUCAAAGUGUUUGGGUUAUGAACUAGGAUCGUGUUUAUGGGCCGGCAUUAAGCUGAUGAUAGUUUAAAAUGGGUAACUUUUUCCGCGUUGGCGGGGGAUAAAAAAAACCUAACUCGGGAUCUCCGUCGUAAAUCCCUCUCCUCUCUCGAUUCGCCGCCGUCUUCUCCUCCAAUUACCUCGUCGUCUCCGCCGUGCCGGACCUCUCGUCUACUCCUCCAAUUAUUCGUGCUUCUUGUUAAUUCUUCUGCUGAGGAGCUGGUGGUGGAUAUGGAGAACAUUCCUGUUGAGGUUGUCGGGAACAUAUUACUUUCGCUAGACUCCGCCCGUGACGCGGUGGUUGCUUCAGCCACCUGCCGGAAGUGGAGGGAGGCAUGGAAGAACCACCUCCCCUCUCUCGCAUUCUCCUCAAACGACUGGCCGAAAUUCCGCAAACUCACAAGCAGCGAGUUAGAGGUCAUCGUAACCCGAACCCUCUUCCAGACGGCCGGUUUGUGCGGCCUCUCCUUAAUAAUGGAAGACGACAAGGUGUUGUCCCCCGCCCCUGUCAUCGCCUGGCUGAUGUACACCAGACCGACGCUCUGGGAGUUGAAUUACAGCGCGAAAACCGAACCGAGAAUCAACGUUUUGGAGCUUUGCGGGCGCGAGAGGCUCGAGGUCUUGUCCCUCGGGCACGACGCGAUAGCCGGCGUGGGGCCCACGCGCCUCGGGAAGUUCCUCUCCCUGAGGGAACUAACCUUGGACUGCGCGAGCAUUUCGGGUUCGGACUUGAGCCUGUUCCUGGCCCUAAGCCCGGUUCUCGAGUUCCUGAACCUGAUGUGCGUCGACGUUGUCGUGUCGGACCCACACGCGACGUUGGAGUUGAGGAACGGGUCUUUGAGGGAGCUCUACGUCGAGGAACUCGUCAACUUGGAAAAGCAAGGGCGGGUUGAGGGCCCUGACAUUGGUGGGGUCAGCACCCUCAACCUCGGCGAGUCAGCCGAGAAUCUCGAGUCAGUUGACCUAAUCAACUUUACGUCCAUGCGGUCAAAGUUCCUCCACGCGAUCAUGAACUCGAAGAGGCUGAAGAGGCUGAGGCUACGGGGAGUGGUUUUGGACGAGUACGACGAGGACGCUGAGGCCCUCGAUUUGGGAACGAUCGCAUCUUGCUUUUCCCGGCUCGGCAAGCUGUCUCUCAGCUACGAGCUGAAAGAGCCGUCAGUCAACCACGGGUUGGCCCGUUCGUUUGCGAUGACUCGCGAGUCAAUCAUGGAGCUCGGGUGGACGGUCAUCAACGACUCGUUCUCGGAAUGGGCGGGCUGGGUUUUGGUGAGGGGUGCCCGGCUGAAGAAGAUGGUGAUACGCGGCGUCGUCUCGGAGAUGAAAAGCCAUGAAGAGCGUGAGACGACGUUGGCCAACUUCACGCCCUUCAUUGCAAGGCUCGUGAGGAUGAGGAAGUCUGUUUAUAUAGAGGUUCGGGUUGAAUACGAAUGAGUGAAAGCAUAGCAGCUGAGGGAUGGAU